CUUGUUUCCCUCAGCCAUUUAUGUUGAUCAUUAAAAAAAGUCAGUCUAGACAAGAUGGCCGCCCGGGUGACAUCGGUCUUUUACCACUUUACCUUGAUUUUACAUCUGUUUCUCCUAAUUAAUUAUAAUUAUGGUGAGAGGUUCGGUGACAGAGCAAAUAAUCUUCAUAUUUCUUCGGAAGACGCUACUUCCAAUCGUCGGACGCCUAUAAUUAUCAACAGGCCGCAAACUUUCGAUGACGAGGAGACGUCAUUUGAACGUACUCGAAGGGAUGCUCCUACAACGAAGACUACACCAAACAUUACUACCAAGGUUAAUGCCCUCAAGGAUGCUCAUCAACAGUUGAUGGUACAUUGGGUGGGUGAGGGCUCCAAUGUUAUAAUAUGCUUGGCAAGAGACAGCACAACGCCGUUGUCGCGGAUGCAACCGAGGUUUCAGACAACGACCAAUCCCAGUGCUGUUUAUAUCAGUUACGAUUAUGGCGAUAGCUUCGAGAACAAGACUGAUUUGUUCAAAAUAUCUGACGAGCCUGAUGCACCAUACGCAUCUUUGGAUAAAUUCUACAACCAUCCGAAGUUCAAUACCCACUGUGUCUUUGCUGAUAUUGGGAACAAUUUGAUCUUCAUCACAACUGAUAAUGGCAAAAAUAUCACUCGAGUCAAGUUACCCUUUCAACCUAGUGAAAUUUCAUUUCACGAAGAGAAUCCUAACAUCUUUUUGAUACUGGAUAAAGUCAAUCGAACGCGGAAGUUAUGGCUAACGAUGGAUAUGGGAAAGACCUGGAGUAUUUUCCAGCAAUUCGUGAAAGCCUUCUUCUGGACGUCGACGAUGCCGAGAAAGCUACUGAUUGAACGUAUCGAGCCAACUGGUGUUAAUACUGUAUUAGCUGUGGAAAUAUCUCAACAUGUUACAAGCUAUAACUUUAUUAUCGGCCAUGUCGAAGACUUUCAGAUUAAGGGAGAUUAUAUGUUUGCAACGAUAAAAACUACUGGUAACAACUUGGAUCUCUACAUAUCGUACAAGAAUCAGUCGUUUGUGAAGGCCGAGUUUAAUUCUGAAUUGAAUCGUCGAGACUAUCACAUUGCUGACGUGUCUCACAAUCGGGUUUUCAUUGCUGUUUCGCAUAGUGAGACUAUCGUCAAUCUCUAUGUAUCCGAAACAAUCGACGACAAGACAGCGACGUUCACAUUGUCCCUGGAAAGAAUACUCACGUUUUUCCCUAAUAAUACAUGGAAAGAUAGUUGGCUAAGCGAGGUCGCAGACGAAGCUUUCACUGAUUUCUAUAAGGUAGAAGGCUUACGUGGGAUAUAUAUUGCAUCGCAAGUAAAGGAAAUACCAAAAGUGGAAUUAAUUGGUCCAGAAAAUCUAAUAUCUUUGAUAACAUUUGAUCAUGGAGUCACAUGGAACCCUAUUAAAGCACCUACGGCAAACCUCGAAGGCUUUUACAUACCUUGCACUGGGAAUUGCUCAUUGCACUUAAGUCAAAAGUUCAGUCAGUUGUACCCGGCAACGAGAUCGGUAUCGAUAAUGAGUUCCAAAUCGGCACCUGGUAUUAUAAUGGCAACUGGAGUGAUAGGAACAAGUCUCAAAGGUCAUCCUGCAUUGUACGUCUCCAGAGAUGCUGGUCUUACUUGGAAGCAAGUGAUGCGGGAUUAUUAUUUCUUUAAUUUGGGUGAUCACGGUGGUGUUUUGGUAGCCGUCAAAUAUUUUAAAUCACGUGAUGAAACUAAUUUUAUUUAUUAUUCUACUGACGAGGGUGACACCUGGCAGACUUCUCCAUUCAGUUCUGAAGUUCUACGUGUAUAUGGUCUCAUGACAGAGCCUGGGGAGAAUACAACUGUCUUCACUAUGUUUGGAUCGACUAAUGGAUAUCAUCAGUGGCUAAUAGUUAAAGUAGAUUUGAAAAAUGUAUUCGAAAGAGACUGUCAGGCGGAUGACUUUAAGUUCUGGUCGCCAUCUAGCAGCGAGAGUAGCGGUGAAUACACCAUGCCAUGUGUGUUAGGUCGUAAAGAGGUUUAUCAGAGAAGAGCAGCACGCGUUAAUUGUUACAUAAAUGCGAAUUAUGAUCGACCUAUUAUACUGAAUCCCUGUCUGUGCGAUGCUAAUGAUUAUCAGUGUGAUACUGGUUUUGUGCGAACUGGCAAUCCUUAUCACUGUAUUCGCAAUAAGAGCAUGACGCACUAUGAUCCUUAUGCAGUACCAAGUACUUGCAAACCUGGCCAAUUUUACAAUCGCACUAAAGGAUACUUCAAAAUACCCGAUGACGAAUGUUUUGGCGGAUUGGAAAAGAAUUUUGAACCUGACGAGAUUCCAUGCCCAAUGGAGGAAAUUCCAGAAUUCUUAUUGGUUGCUCAACGAGAACAUAUUUCACGUAUCGAUCUGAAACAAAAGAAAUUAGAACCUUUUGCUGUUCAUGGCUUAAAAAAUGUUAUUGCUAUCGAAUUUGACAUGAGGAACAAUUGCCUGUACUGGGCUGAUAUCGUUAAUGACACCAUUGGAAGACAGUGUCUUAAAGAUGGAAAGAGUCAUCCUGAAAUUCUAGUGGAGACUGAUCUGAGUUCUAUCGAAGGAAUGGCUUUGGAUUGGGUCUCAAAUGUUCUCUACUUUGUGGAUGGCGUUAAAAUGAAAAUUGAAAUAAUCAAGACAGACGUGUCAAAUAUGGGACGAAUGCGUAGGACCAUCUUAGGACCACAAAUGCUAAAGAAACCUAGAGGCAUAGCUGUUCAUCCUAUGCUGGGGUAUAUGUUCUGGACAGAUUGGGCACCUGGUGAUGCUUCAGUAUCUCGUGCCAAUUUAGACGGUACUAACGUCAAACGAUUGUUUACUAAACCUACAGUGGAAUGGCCAAACGGAAUCACUAUUGAUCAUAUAGCUGAACGGAUCUACUGGGUAGAUGCGAGGGAAGAUUACAUUGGCUCAUCGGAUUUUGAAGGAAAACGGUUUAAGAAAGUUAUUAUGGGCGAUGAUAGGGUUUCCCAUCCGUUUGCUGUAGCUGUAUUCAAGGACAAUAUGUACUGGGAUGACUGGAAACAAUCUAUGAUAUUCGUAGCUGAUAAGGAUCACGGUGUCAGCAUUACCAGCAUUAUUGGAGUACUCCCUGGAUUGAUGGAUCUGAAAGUCUUCGCCCACAGUGUGCAGACCGGUACGAAUAAGUGUGCAAGUAAUAAUAGCUGCUCUCAUAUUUGUCUUGGCGCUCCGAACAAUAACUACGUCUGUCUUUGCCCGGACGGUAUGGAAAUGGGUCCUGAUAACAAAUGCACUUGCCCCGGUGGCAUUAAGCCCUAUGCGAACUCGACGUGUCCCCAGAUGGCACACACGUGUGCUGCCAAUCAAUUCUCAUGCUCAAACGGUAUUUGCAUUGCGGAACUAUGGCGAUGUGAUGGCGAGAAUGAUUGUGGUGAUAAUUCCGACGAGGCUGACUGCCACAAGACUACGUGCAGCCCUGGCAACUUCCAGUGUGACGGUAACAAGUGCAUCCCCAGAUACUGGGUUUGCGAUCUCGAUAGAGACUGCAGAGACGGCAAGGACGAGGAAAAGUGCACCUAUAUGAAUUGCACCGAGUCGCAGUUCAUGUGCAAGAAUCAGCGGUGCAUAUCACAUAGAUGGAGAUGCGACGGAGAAGAUGAUUGCCAUGAUAAUUCUGAUGAGAAAGACUGCCCAAUGGUGCAUCCUAGUACUUGCAAGUCUGACGAAUUCGUCUGUGGUAAGAAUCAGACUUGUAUUCCCAGAAGUUGGGUUUGCGACAGCGAGCCUGACUGUAUGGAUGGAAGUGAUGAGGUUAACUGUGAUAAUAUUAAGUGCGAACCAUGGCAAUUCUCUUGUGGCUCGAGUAAUGGUACGCACCACCGAUGUAUUUAUGGAACUUGGCACUGCGAUGGGGAUAAGGAUUGCCUGGAUGGAUCUGAUGAAGUGAACUGUACUCAUGUAUCCUCACCUACACCACUGCCCCCCACAACGCCAAUGAAUUUUUGUAACGACUGGAUGUUCAUGUGCAAUAAUAAAAAGUGCGUGCCCUAUUGGUGGAAGUGCGACAGUGUCGAUGACUGUGGAGACGAUUCCGAUGAAAUCGGCUGUGGCAAUCUUGAUGUACCAACUGAUGUACCUAUCACUACGGAACAACCCAACGUAUGUCGCGAUAAUCAAUUCAUGUGCGAUAACAGUGAAUGCAUCGAAGACGCUUGGAUUUGCGACGGUACCAAGGAUUGUUCCAAUGGCGAAGAUGAACUACAUUGUGAUUCUGUUCUUCCUCGAGGUUGUCGAGAAGAUCAAUUCAUGUGCCGCACAGAUGGUUCUUGCGUACCACUCAGCAACAUCUGCAACGACGUGGCAGAGUGUCCUGAUCGUAGCGACGAGUUAGGAUGCCAUAAGGAGGAUCACCCAAGUCCACCAACUACACCAUCCUGUUCUCCAGGUUAUAUCCCAUGCGACGAUGGUACACGCUGCUUCCCCCGGACUUCCUAUUGCGAUGGUAAAAAGGACUGCGUCGACGGAUUUGAUGAGAAAGACUGUAGCAAGAAUAACUCGAGAGUUUACCAGGUUCUUCAUAUGGGUGUUGAUGCAGGCUCCAUCAAUGCGACGAGUCUCUAUUUCUUUUGGUGGAUGCCUAUGCCAACUAAUAUUAACUUCCAAUUUCUACCAUCUAUCGCACGCGUUGAAUCUGAUGCUAAAUGGAAAAAUGCAUCUGAUUGGAUUGAUGACAGUGAAUAUCAGUUCAAUGAUCUUCAACCUUACACUCAUUAUAAUCUCACUGUCUACGUUAAACUAAAGGGCCAGGAUAUCGUUGUCCCGCCAGCCCAAUAUCUUAAUGUUAUGACGGGCGAGGGUAUCCCAUCUCCUCCUUGGAACGUGAAUGCCAGUCAGCGAAAUGGAACUAAAGUUGAAGUUUCUUGGAGGCCACCCCUGCAUCCAAAUGGACCUAUCACUGGAUAUGAACUUUUCAUCACGCCACCAAUACCACCAAUGCAUUACACUCUUCAGAAGACCUCCUUUAUUGUAGAUAUUGCAUUUGAGGCUGAUACGAAUUACUCAUUCUGGGUUAUCGCUAAGAAUAGGGAAUAUGAGUCGGCUUCCUCGAACGUGGCUAAUUUACUGUUUGAUGGUUCUGCGAAUAUUGACGAUAUCCAAGACUUGGUAGUUACUGAAACUACUAACCAUACAGUCUCUCUAUCCUGGAGGAAAAUUAAGGACGUCGAUGGAUAUCAUAUAACAGCAAGAGCACCAACGCCUUAUCCAUCCUUGAAAACUGAAUUGUCCCUCACAAAUUCAUUUGUUGUAAAGAACUUAGCUCCCGGUACAAAAUACAAAUUCGAGGUGAAUGCUUUCCGCAAGAAUUACAUUGGAAAAUUCGUGAUGGUCGAAGCUGCUACUAAAGACACGCCAUUACCAUCCGUAUCGAAUCUGGAUGCUAAAUUAAUUAAAGCACAUGGUACUACCGUGAAGCUCAGCUGGAAUCCACCUAAAUCUAAAAUUAAAUGGAAAUACGGCAUAUACUAUGCACUCAACAUGCAAGAACUCUUUAAAGAAGCCAAAAGUGUUACAACUAAUCUGACCACGGCUAUACGAGAUUUGGAAGCUUGUGAAUCUUACGUGUUUGCUGUUGGUGUUGUUGGUGAAUAUGGUGCUGGUCCUUUGAGUCAACCAAUAACAGUAGUUACACAUUUCAAUACCCGGGCACCACCCAAAAGACUACGAGUUACACAUUCGACAGAAAAGAUCGAUAUGAUAAUAGUCUCUUGGAGUUCCAGCUGUCCGACAAUGGAUGAACCAAUUAGUUACACGAUUACAAUCACCGAACUGACGUACAAUAAUGUGACUACGGUAACAUUAGCUCCUACCAAUGAAACAGCUAUGAAAACUACAUUCUCCCCCAUACAGUACGGUGCCAAAUAUAGCAUAGUAAUAGCUACUGAUGUAGAUAAUGCUAUACCAAGUCAACCAGUGAUAUAUGAAGCUCCUCCGUUACCAGCACCUCAUCAGCUGGAGGUAUUAUUUGAGGGGGAGAAACAAGAAUAUAUAAUCUUCUGGCAAGAACCUAGAAACACUACUGAACAUUCACGCCAUUAUGAUAUUCUCGUAUCAGAAGAUUCGAGAACUGUCAACGAAACGACUGCUAAAAUAUUCCAAAGUGAUCAUCCAUCUUAUAUUUAUGAAAAUGCCAAAACCGACGUGAUUUAUUCGUUCGCUGUACGGUUAGUAACUGGCGAAGGAUAUCGAAGUGGACUUAGCGAGAUUGUUAGCAUCAAGAGUCCACCGGUCGCGUGGCCGGUAACAAUGAACACAUCCAAUAUCGUCUCUUUUGCUAUUCCAAUUUUCCUACUGAUAGUAGCGCUGAGUGUUGUUCUUGGAUACUUCGUUAUCAGGCAUAGAAGGUUGUCGAAUAGCUUUACGCAAUUUGCCAAUAGUCAUUAUGAUACCAGGAGGGGACAGGCUACUUUCCCAGGAACUGCUGAUGGCCUAGAUGAGGAGGACAGCCCUGUAAUUCGUGGAUUCUCCGACGAUGAACCAUUGGUAAUAGCGUAGAGAAGCAUUGUAUACAUAUACUUGGUAUUUAUAUAUUAAGGAUAUGCAAAGACACUACUAUUAUUAUAAUAAUAUUGACUAUACAUAGAAUUUUAUUAUGCAUUUCGAAAGAUUUUCGUGUAAGUGAUUCGUUAAGCAGAAUACGAUUAUGCAUCACUAGUCCUAGAACGUCCGACUGCUUUUUAUAGCGCGACUGCAUAAUGUAAUAAGGCACUUGCGUAAAAUCUUUGUAUAAACUAUUAUUAAUUAAUAUUUACAUGACUAAAAAAGGAUAAAUCGUAUACAGAGUGAUCAGCUGCUAGUUCUCGACGUCAUUUUUUUUUAAUUUUAGGCCUGUCCUUUCUUACUGACCGCCAUUUUCUUAUGGCAGGCGGACAAAAAGUGUACGCAUAAUUAAAAUGAAUGUAAGAAAUUAAAAAGAAUUUUAUAAAUUUUUUUAAUUCUUUUGUAUGAUCAAAGUAAAGUUGUAUAAUUUUCAUUUUGCAAAAUUACUGUAUUGAAUAUUAUUAAACGUUAUUGAUUGGGUUUGGGAAUUUUCUAGAUGAUUACUCUGCGUCUAUAGAAAUAUCUGUUUGUAUAUGUAUCUACAUAUAUUUUCAUUGUGUGCUCAGUAUUGCUACACGAGACACAAUGCGUAAUGCAACAUUUGUGUUAAGUUCGUAUAUAUAGAAAAUUAACAUGUCCUUAAAAUUAUAAUGACAUUCGGUCAUCCCGAUCGUUCUCGACAGGAGCAAAUCACUUGGCCGCUCUGUAUAUAAUGAUGAAAUAUUUUCUAUGAACUACGAAAUUUAAAACUUUGAUUAAUUCUAGGAUGCCAUAAUCGAACCUGUUAAAAAUUUCACGUAUUUGUGCACGUUUUCUAUUGUUUUUCGUUUUCCCAUUGUCUUUAACUCUAAAGAAAACACGUUGUUACCGAGCAAAAGACUUUUUUUAAAUUCGCUAAUAUUUUGUUUUGCUAUUCGUACAAUUAGACUUUCCUGGCUUUAAAUUUAUAUUAACGAUUUGCCUAUUUUGCUAGACUGUUUUGCUUCAAAUUUGGUUAUGAUUAGUAUUACGAUUAUGUUGAAUAAUUUUCGUCCUGUCCAGCUGAGGUCUUGCGACGUAACAUUUGAACUUGGCAAAAAACAAGAAAUUUUUUUUUAUCGUUAACCUAUCGCGAAAAAAAGACCCAACGGGUCAUAAACUUCUAUUGGCCUUUGAGCUAUAAAAAAAAUCCAUGGGAAAGAUUGACAAGAGGGUUGCAUUUUUUAUUUUAUACCUUGAAUCAAUUAGGCUCAAUCUGAUUAAGACAUAACGGAAAAGAAAAGACUUCCGCAUUACAAUUCUAUAAUGAGAAGAGUUUUAGUAUUAUAAAUGGGAUUGGCAUGUCAAAAUACUAAUUAAAGUAAGACACACAAUAUACAUAAAAAGGUACUGAUUUGAAUUGAUGACAUAUUGGUUUGUUAUUACGAUAUGUGAAAUGAUUACAAUUAACUGAGAAAAAUCAUCUACGUUCACCAUGACCUUCUCUUAAAGUUGUUUCAAAGAACUUCGAUGACUAUUAACUGGUUUUAGAGACGAUAAGUUUGUAGUUAUUAUUUGUGUAAAUCUCGAAAAGUAUAAUGAUAACAGUGAUAUAAUAUAUUUGUGUGUAAAUAAAGGAAGUUAAGGCAUAUUAA